GAUUCAUUCCUUUGCUUAACUUGUUUUGGACCGUAAACAAGGCAUGAAUAGGACACCGGAAACAAAGCUCCCCACAGGAGUUUCCGCACUGAAAGUAGCAUAUGCUAACAUGCACAUAGUCAAUAGGUAGCAGCUUUCACGUAUGAAGCCUGACUUUCAAAAGUUAGAUGAAUUAAGGUCUAUACAGGCACAUUGUAUCAACUCUUAUAAUGGCAUAGGAAGUAUAUAAUAAUCAGGCGGGCUGCUGCUGCUUCAGACUUGAACUGGUGUCUCUGUGUGCUCAGUCUCCUUUUCCAGAAGUAAUUGGAGAGUCUACUACUAUGAGGGCAGUGGCAGCCAUUACAGCUGAGCAUGCAUCUGUUUACAGAAUUCGUACCAAAGUAACAGGCUGGUGCCGGAGACUACUUUUGGGAUUUAAAUAUAUAUUCUUAGUGCUUAUUUGCUGAUUAUAUUGUUUCUCUCUUAUACAUAAGUAUAAGAGAGGGACAGCUUUGAGUGUAAACUAGGUCGCAGGCUGACAGGGAACUGCAUGCUUUUGCAGAGCAUAUGAGGUGCAGACAGAAAGUGAAACUAAGCAUGUUAGGAGUUCGGUUUUGGUUAUGUGGUGUUUUUGUCUGUAUGUGUUUUUGGUGCCUCCCUUUUUGUAUAGGUAGGCGGGGCAGUGAGUCACUGAACCUGGCACACCUGUUACUCAUCAGAUGCUUUCUUCAGAAGUGUUCUUUAGGAGCUAUCUGACAGAAGAUUAGUGUCGGAGUAUUGGCGUUUUUGGAGAGUUGAAAUUUUGCCCCUGCCUGUUGGAGCCCUUAGAUUACUUUUGGUGACUUCUGACGAAUCUACGAACCGGGGUGGAACUGCUUUUCGUAACAGUUUUGGUGCCGAAACCCGGGAUUCGCUCGAGGCCCAGAGAGGACGAAUUGGCAGAGCUGAGAUCGUGAAAACGAGGCGAAGAGAGAGCCGGCUCAAUUAUUUACAAGGUAAGCACCACCUGUUUAUUUUCGAAGUGUGCAUAUUGAAUAAAGUCUAAAUUAUCUGUUCGCCAAGUUGAGCGUAUCUCAGUGUAAUUUCACUCAGUAGUUAAAAGAAACGGUGUUUGAUCCGUCUUAGUUAGUAAUUAAUAGAAUCAGUGUUUCAUCCGUGGCGGUGUGUGAUCCGUCUUAGUUAUUAGGAACAAAGUGGCGGUGUUGUGAUCCGUCCUCCGUGCGUUAAAGCAGGAAACUUGUGUUACUAUUAGUUAGAAAGCGGGGCUGAAAGGCCUCGUCACUGGUGAGGGCCGUGUGUGUCACGGGCUUGGUAGCCCCACCUAGUCUCGGACGCGGGGCUAGGACCUGUGAGGGCAGGAGAUCCAGGGUGGUCACCUGGGGAUUCGUGGCUCCUUAAAUAACUAAGUCGGGGAGAGGUCCCUGUCACAGUCUGAAGUAUGCAUAAAACCAGGAUCGGUUGCUUUCGCCGGUUAGAUUCCGAGCUGAGUUGAACCAGUGCCUGAUGCAGAAGGAGGGCUGUGUAGUGUGUUUGAAAGCGCAGUUCUGUGUCUCGUCUGAAGUACGGGUGUCAAUUAAAGUAACAAAAAGAAUUUGGGUUUAAAAGUGUGUGUUUGUGGUGUGCAGAAAUCGCGGCAGGAGGCCGUGUCGCGAAUUAUUGCAAACUGUGAAGUCAAUUGGGGGGUUGAAUUUGGUUUUAUUUUUUCUGGGGAAGAGAAACUGCGGUAUCCAGUCCGUGGCGCAGUUUGAAUAAUUCGUGAGGCAAAUGUGGCGCGAUCUGACGAUUGUGAGCCUAAUUGUCCUAGUUUUGUGAGGUGUGAGCGGACGGCACCCGCUCUUGGUGCUGACUGGGGCGUUCUCCUGGAUCAGCAGAGGAGGAAGUGUCCCGCAGUGAGUUGUGAAGGGGACUGCGAGAAGUAGGAGGUGUGCGAUAGCCAGCCUCAGGGGGCGGACUCAUCUGUGGGACGGAGGAGGAGUACCAAGGAGGAGCUCGGAGGGUUCCGAGGAAAACUACAGCGACAUCUGGUGGUAAGUAAAGGGAAUUUCAGGUGAGUUAAAAUAAUGACUGAUCAACAGGAGAUUAUUAGAGAAGGAGUGAGGAGUCCAACGGAGGGAGAAAUGCAAUGGAAAACUGUUGAGAAGCAAAAAGAGAAAUUAGGGGAAGCAUUGAAGAUCACCAUGACAGGACAUCUAACAGGUAAGAAUGGUAAAAUACUGGAAAUGGGGAAGGAAAUAAUGAGUGUAUGUGAUCAAGCUGGAAUAAAAGCUGAUAUGCGAUGCUCUCUUGCAAAAGUUUUGUUGGAAGCGGCCAAGGCAUCUGAGGAGAAGGAGGAGAAACUCAGGAAAGAGUUGGAUGGAGCAAAUAUCUUGGAGAAGAGGGGAGUUAAGGACCGAAUAAAAGAGGAGGAGGAGAGACGAGCCAGGCUGGCUGUAUGGGGAAUCAGCUGCCAAGGAUUGGAGCACUGGAUGAGGGAACCUGUGGAAGAGGAAGGUAAGUUGAGACCUGAUUGUCUUCCACACCCACAGCCCACGGCUCCUCUUUUUUCAGCAUGUCCUCCUCCAUAUUUCGGUAAUUAUCCUAUGUUGAGCAUUAAGGAUGGCAGCAUGGAGAAUGAAGAUGGUGUGGUGCUGCGACUAACUGGAGGGCAGGCUGAGUGUGAGUAUGAGGAGCAGCACCGCCCAAAGCCGCAGCAACAAAUGAUAACAAUAGAACCUGAAAAGACAGAGCCACCUGCUGCUCAGGUCCAGACCCAUGUGGAUCAUAAAGAGGAGGAGGACGAGGAAGGAGAAGAAGAACGGUCCAGUGCAGCAGGAGCAACAGCUAGGUCUCCUCCGGAAUUAUUAGCCGGAGAGGCAGAGAGAUUGGUGGAGAUGCUUCGCAAGCGACUCGAAGAAGAAGAACUGACUGAAAAAUUUAAAAAGCAAAAAGGAGUAGCUGAAGGGAAAGCAGUCCCGCCCUCGGAUGUGAGAAAAAAGGUGCAUCUUAAGGUGCACAUACCUAAGGUAAGAGGUGUUGACUCUUGGGAUGGAUGGAUACAGGGCACUCUGGAAGAGGAUAUAGAUGAAUGUAGUGUGCUUCAGAGUGCAGGAGGGGAUGAAGAUGACUCAAGAAGACGCCACGCGUUUGGAUCUAGAAAAGAGCGAGAGGAGAUGGAGGAGCAAUGGCUUCAAAGUGGAGGAAUGCGUGGAGAACAUCCAAUGUUGAGAAGAAGUCAAAUGACAGCGGCAGAAAACCCCCAGAAGGGGGUCAUGGGACAUUCCAAUUAUGCAUUAGAAAUGCCCCUAGUGGUCACAGCAGGGGGUGAGAGACGAUAUAAACCAUAUGGAGUAGGGGAUGUUACAGCCCUAGUGCAGAUGCUCCCACCCAUCAUUGAUGGAGGGGCGGGUUGGCUGAGACAACUUGAUAAAGUGACAUCAGGCACACAGCUCGCCCUGGGGGAUUUUCGAGCCAUAGCUGGCCGGUGUAUGACAGUUACUGCGCUGGAGGAAAUCCAGGUACUGGCAGCUGUCAUCACUAGACCGGACUCCACGUCCUUUUUCAGAGUGCAGGAGCAGAUUGGAAAUGCUGUGCGUCAACAAUAUCCAACCCCAAAUGCGGCUGCCAUUACAAAGUUGGAAUGGAAGCCUGAUCAAAACCCUAGAGAUUAUGUAGAGCAGGUGAAAGAAGUGGAUGCAGAACACAGGUUACAAUCCUUCUGCACGUGGUCUUCACCAGGUGUGGUUUAGAAAGGCAGUAUUAGAAGGGAUACCAGAAAAGGUAAGAGAAAAGAUUUUGGAUGUCCCUGAUUUAGAAGGGGCAGACGCACAUCGCUGGGAGAGACAUUUGGUGCAUUAUUUGGAUAAAUACAAGCAAGGUGAAGAUAAGAAAAAAGGGGAGGUGGAGGAGCUUCAGGAACAAUUGCUUAAGCUGAACUUGGGAGAAGCGAGACAGAAGGUAAGUGAAAAGAAAAAAGAGAACAAAUUAACUGAUUCAUCAAAGGUGAUGGUAGCUCAAGGCUGCCCACCUGAUUCUAAUAGACCUGAAUUUAAUCCAAAUGUUUAUCCAGUGAAUCCCUGGACACAUUAUGAUGGUUUGCAGAGUCCACCCAUGGCCAGCUGGGGAGGUAAUGUGUGGCCCGGUAGGGGUAGGGCUAGAGGUCGUGGUGGCCCGGUGGGUGUGAGGGGCACCUUGGGCUAUGGAAGGGGUGUGCCUGGAGCGGGUCGUGGGUUUAGAGGUGUCUGUUGGAUGUGUUAUCAGCCUGGGCACCUGGUGAGAGACUGUCCACAGCAGCCACAAAUUCAACAGCAAAUGGGUCCGCCUCAAGCAGGAAGGGGUGGUCCAUUUCAUCAGGCUCCAAACCCACACAUGAUCCCUGGACCAAGACCUCAAAUGCCGACCUGGGAGGCUGGCUGGAACAGCCAGGACUGGCAGCAGUGAC